GCCCUGGCAGCUGACCCUGGCCCCAAGGCCCGAACGCCCAGGGGAGGAGCAGCACUGGGACCCUGUGCCGGCUGGGCGCCCCCCAAGGGAAGCCACUCUUAAUACGAUGGAAACAUCUCUGAACUUCUAAAAGACCAAUGUUUGAGUUUUAGCUCUAUGAAUUUUACUUAAUCUUCGAAUUCACAAUGACAACAGUGACCGUGACCACAGAAAUUCCUCCAAGGGAUAAAAUGGAAGAUAAUUCUGCCUUGUAUGAGUCUACAUCUGCUCACAUUAUUGAAGAAACCGAGUAUGUGAAAAAGAUUCGAACUACUCUGGAAAAGAUCAGAACCCAAAUGUUUAAAGAUGAAGUAAGACAUAAUAGUACAAAGCAUAGUCUAGACACAAAGUGCUGUGGAAACCUUCAACAGAGCUCUCAUUCUGAAAUGGAUCCUUCUUGUUGCAGUUUGGAUUUGCUUAUGAAAAAGAUCAAAGGAAAAGACCUACAGCUCUUAGAAAUGAACAAAGAGAAUGAAGUAUUGAAAAUCAAGCUGGAAGCCUCCAGAGAAGCUGGAGCAGCAGCUCUGCGAGACGUGGCCCGGAGAUUAUUUGAAAACUACCAAACAAAAUCUGAAGAAGUGAGAAAAAAGCAUGAGGACAGUAAACACUUACUCCAGGUUAACAAGGUUGAAAAAGAACAGAAAUUGAAACAACAUGUUGAAAAUCUCAAUCAAGUUGCUGAAAAACUUGAAGAAAAACACAGUCAAAUUACGGAAUUGGAGAGCCUUGUACAGAGAAUGGAAAAGGAGAAGAGAACACUACUAGAAAAAAAACUGUCUUUGGAAAACAAGCUACUGCAACUCAAAUCCAGUGCUACACAUGGAAAAAGAUGCCAGGACCUUCAGAUGGAGAUUUCCAUUCUUCAGGAGCAGAUCUCUCAUCUGCAGUUUGUGAUUCACUCCCAGCAUCAGAACCUGCGCAGUGUCAUCGAGGAGAUGGAAGGAUUAAAAAAUAAUUUAAAAGAACAAGACAAAAGAAUUGAAAAUCUCAAAGAAAAAGUUAACAUACUUGAAGCCCAGAAUAAAGAACUAAAAACCCAGGUAGCGCUUUCGUCUGAAACUCCUAGGGCAAAGGUAUCUAAGGCUGUUUCUACAAGUGAAUUGAAGACCGAAGGUAUUUCCCCUUAUUUCAUGCUGAUUAGGUUACGGAAAUGAGCUGGCUGGUCGAAGAUCUGAUUUAGAAAGACUGCGUGGAGUUUGUGAUUGCAGUGAAUAAGACCUAACUUGCAGAAAUGCAGACAUAUACUCAGGAAAG